GCAUCAAGUGGACAUGCAGCAAUGGGAACAGCAGUUCGGGGUUCUCAGUGGAGCAGCUGGUGCAGCAGAUCCUGGACAGUCACCAGACCAAACCACAGCCUCGGACGCACAAUUGUCUUUGCACUGGCAACUUAGGCGCAGGUAGCAGCGUGCACCACAAAUGCAAUAGUGCCAAACACCGCAUCAUAUCACCAAAGGUUGAACCGAGGUCGGGCGGGUACAGCGCUCACUCCGAAGUGCAGAACAACGACGUCUCCGAAGGCAAGAAUGAGCACAGCCACGGCAAGUCCUCCAGCAGGGAGAAGAGGAACGGCAAAGUGGCAAAGCCGGUCCUUCUCCACCAGAACAGUACGGAGGUCUCCUCAACCAAUCAAGUUGAAGUUCCUGACACCACUCAGAAUUCUCCUGUGUCCAUCAGCAGUGGAUUGAACAGCGAUCCAGAUGUGGCCGACAGCCCAGCAGUCACUGGGGUCUCCAGCAUGGCAGUGGCCUCCGUGAUGGGCAACUUGUCGCAGAGCGCCACGGUCUUCAUGUCGGAUGUCACCAGUGAGGGUGUCUACACCAUGUCGCCCACUACUGGCCCGAAUCAGCACCUCCUUGCCUCGGACACCGCUGCGCAAGGACUGGUCCUGGCCGUGAGCUCAGAUGGCCACAAGUUUGCCUUCCCCACUGCCAGCAGCUCCGAGGGUCUCUCCAUGUUGCCUGCCAGCGUCUCUGAAGAGCUGGUGCUCUCCACGACGCUCGACAGCAACAGAAAGAUGCCAGAAACCACCAUGAAUUUUGACCCGGACUGCUUCCUGAACAAUCCCAAGCAGGGACAGACAUACGGAGGAGGGGGCCCCAAAGGAGACGGGAUUGGCGCCAACCUCAGGCAGUCGCCCACGACGGAACGUGGGUUCAACUUCAGCGCGGCCCUCACCAAGGAAAUCAAAACCGAGGACACGUCCUUUGAGCAACAGAUGGCCAAAGAGACCUUCUCUUCCUCCUCGUCGUCCAACUCACUCACCCUGACAACUGGUUCCGGUUUGCUUCCCUCCGGCGGAGGACUGAGCCCAAGCACCACCUUGGAGCAAAUGGACUUUAGCGCUAUUGACUCCAACAAGGAUUAUUCCUCCAAUUUCAGUCAGUCUGUCCAGAGUCCCCACGUCCAUCAGACCCCGUCCCCCAGCUUCUUCCUACAAGACACAAGCAAACCUCUCCCCCUGGAACAAAACGCCCACGGCAACUUGAGCGACGCAGGCGGUUCCUUUGUCAGUCCUCUAGGGCUCCCCAACGUGAAGACGGAGGCCUCCUCGCAUAACACCUCCAACUGCAAUGGCACAGUGGAGGCCCGGAUCGAGUCCACCUCUUCGCUUCAGCUCAUGCAGUUCCAGGCAAACUUUCAGGCCAUGGCGGCAGAAGGGGAAGUUCCCAUGGAGACCUCGCCGCAGGCAGAAGGGAACGAGAACCUGCUGAAACCUGGAGACCUCCAGACCUGCAGCACAGAGCACUAUAUGCAGCCUGAAGCCAAUGGCACCUUGAGAAAUGGGAGCAACCUGCCCAUCCUCCAAGGGAACAUGGUGCAAGGCCUCUACCCUGUCGCCCACCCGAGCUUAAACAACUCCUCCAACAUGGAGCUGAGCUUGGACCACUUCGACAUCUCCUUCAGCAACCAGUUUUCUGACCUGAUUAACGAUUUCAUCUCGGUGGAAGGCGGGAGCAACACCAUCUAUGGGCACCAGCUGGUUUCCGGGGAGAGUGCUGGGCUGUCGCAGCCAGAAGACGGGAGCCGGGCUUCCUACAGCCAGGCAGAGAUGUGCAUUCCAUGCUGCAGCCCCCAGCAAGCCAACCUGCACCUCAGCAGUGCAGAGAACGGGGCUGGUGCCAUGGCGUACAUGCAUGUGACGGAAGUGGUGUCAGCUGCUGCCACGCAAGCCACGCUCGGGAUGCUCCAGCAGAGCGGGCGCCUCUUCAUGGUGACAGAUUACUCACCAGAGUGGUCUUACCCCGAGGGGGGCGUGAAGGUGCUUAUCACAGGCCCAUGGCAGGAAGCCAGCAAUAACUACAGCUGUCUGUUUGAUCAGAUCUCUGUGCCUGCUUCACUAAUACAGCCGGGGGUGCUGCGCUGUUACUGCCCAGCUCACGACACCGGGCUGGUCACUCUGCAAGUUGCCUUCAACAACCAGAUCAUCUCCAACUCAGUGGUCUUUGAGUACAAAGCGAGGGCGUUGCCAACACUGCCUUCCUCUCAGCACGACUGGCUGUCCCUGGAUGAUAACCAGUUCAGAAUGUCUAUCCUGGAGCGGUUGGAGCAAAUGGAGCGAAGGAUGGCCGAGAUGACUGGGACUCAGCAGCACAAGCAAGGAGUAGGCGGGAGCAAUGGCAGUGGCAAUGGAGGUAGUCAAGCACAGUGUGUCUCAGGGGCAGCCAACUUAGGGAACUGCUUUGAGAGCCGCGUGGUCGUUGUGUGUGAGAAGAUGAUGAGCCGCGCCUGCUGGGCCAAAUCCAAGCACCUCAUCCACUCCAAGACUUUCCGGGGAAUGACCCUCCUGCACUUAGCAGCUGCCCAAGGCUACGCUACUCUCAUCCAGACCCUCCUCAAGUGGCGCACCAAGCACGCUGACAGUAUCGACCUGGAGCUGGAAGUUGACCCCUUGAACGUGGACCAUUUCUCCUGCACUCCUCUGAUGUGGGCAUGCGCCUUGGGCCACCUGGAUGCAGCCGUGGUCCUGUACAAGUGGGACCGCCGUGCCAUCUCUAUCCCCGACUCCCUUGGGAGAUUGCCCUUGGCUAUUGCCCGGUCCCGGGGCCAUGUGAAGCUGGCCGAGUGCCUUGAGCAGCUGCAGCGGGAAGAGCAAGCCCAACUCCGACAAGACCCCCAAAUCCCCUCCCCUUCAAACGAGACCGGCAGUGAGACCUGGAUCACGCAAUGGCACAGCGAGAUCGUUGCCUCUCAAGAGCCGCACAAGGGAGUCACCGUGAUUUCCAAUUGCAAUGCAGAGUUGAGACGGCCUCGGUCUGAGCCCUCCAGUUACUACAGCAGUGAAAGUCAGAAGGAUUACCCAGCGCCCAAAAAACACAAACUGAACCCCGAAUAUUUCUGUGCUCGGCAAGAGAAGCUUCUUUCCACAGCUCUCAGCCUGGAGCAGCCAAGUGCCCGGAAGCUAAGCUCCAGUUCUAAGCAAUCCCUCCCUGAGACAAUCGGCCCCAGGCAGGGGUUGAGAGACUAUGCCCGGGAGUUUGUCCCGGAUGUGGCCGGGUACCGCAGUUCCAGUGGGCAGGCAGGGAUCAAAUGGAACCCAAAGGAUGCUUAUGGUGGUGUCUCUGCCGUGCAGAUGACAGGCAGCCCAAAGGGGCUGGUUCUGGGGAAGGACUUGGGGGCUCAGCAGUUGCGUCAGCGGGAACAGAUGAGCAUGUUGAUGAUGGCAGACCGGGAGAUGGCCGAAGCAGAACUGCUCUCCUUCAGGAAUAGUUCAGAAAGUGAGGACUGCUUGCACCACAUGGACGAUCUGCAAGUGACCAUGAUGACUCUAGCAGAGCAUAUCAUUGAAGCCACACCAGAAAGGAUCAAGCGGGAAAACUUUGUGCCAAUGGAGACGCCACUGGUGGAGAGGACGGAGAGUGCUGCUCUUAGCACCUCAAUGAGCUGGCUGGCCAGUUACCUUGCGGAUGUUGACCAUUUACCAAGUGCUGCUCAAAUAAGAAGUCUGUAUAGUGGAACCCUGACCCCUUCUUCCAACACCAGCCUGAGCCCUGCAAGCUCACCAGUCAAUGAAAUGGCUUUUGAAAAGCCCAGCCUCCCUUCAGCGACUGACUGGUCGGAAUUCCUAAGCGCCUCCACCAGUGAGAAGGUUGAAAAUGAGUUUGCACAGCUGACCCUCUCCGACCACGAGCAGAGAGAACUCUACGAAGCUGCCAAGCUCGUCCAGACAGUCUUCAGGAAAUAUAAGGGACGGCCCCUCCGGGAGCAACAGGAAGUGGCAGCAGCUGUCAUUCAGCGUUGUUACCGAAAAUACAAGCAGCUUACUUGGAUAGCCUUGAAGUAUGCACUUUAUAAGAAGAUGAUUCAAGCUGCCAUCCUGAUCCAGAGCAAAUUCCGAAGCUAUUAUGAGCAGAAGAAAUUUCAGCAGAGCCGGCGAGCCGCUGUGCUGAUCCAGCAGUUCUACCGCAGCUACAAAGAAUGUGGCAAGAGGAGGCAAAGUCGCAGGACGGCUGCCCUUGUGCAGCAGAAGCUCAGAAGCAGCUUGCUCACCAAGAAGCAGGACCAAGCUGCUCGCAAAAUCAUGCGGUUUUUACGACGCUGCCGCCACAGCCCUCUGGUGGACCAUAGGCGGUACAAAAGGAUCUGGAAAGAGGAAAGAGCCCCCAUUUCCUAAAUUACUCACGAACCAUUUCUGCUCUAAGAGCAACAGAGUGAAAGAAUUGAGAAGGGCCAAGGAACCUGAAGAGAGAGACGGCAGCAUCCCGUAGCAAUGUGACAUUGCUUUUCAGACUGUUUUCAUUUUCUGUUUUUAGCAGAAACAUGCAACAACAAUUACAGAAUGAUUUAAUUAUUAAAAAAAAAAAGAAACUGACUGCAGGGCCGAGGUUAUCGGCUGCAGGAUUUUAAUAGUAAUGUUUAGUCAUUACAUUUGCACUUUCAUGGACAACUUUUAAUUUGUUCAGCAAGACAUCUUGGAACUCAAAUCUUUGGUUGGAUCAUGGGGGGUGGGGGAGAAAGGUGACACCGGAAGGAGUUUUCAUGAGUUGCUUCGCACCGCUCAAAAAAAAAAAAAGAAAAGGAAAAAAAAGAAGCAAUUAAUUAUCCUUUUCAUAUAGGGCUGUACUAAAACAAAACAAAAACCAUGUGGAACUGUACAAAUAGUAUACCAAAAAAAGCAAAAACCCACAACCCAAGAAUGCUAUUCCUGCUCCUGCCGCUUACCUCCAAGAUCCAGAACCGUUGGGAUUCUCCGUGGAGAGGCUUUGAUCACCUUCCGUCUUGCUUGCGUCCAUCCCCUCCUCCAUUUCCUUGCACAUCUGUCUUUCUGUUCUUCAUCUGAAUCUCUCUUUACAACUCACUCUAAUGCAACUUUUUAGAUCUGCUGGUUUUAAAUACAUCCCGUGGGGGUUUUUCCUGAAAGCCGUCAAGUGUUUUUAAGGCAAACGGGUAUUUGCAGGGGGGUGGGGGUGGGGAGAGAAUGGGUGAGCAGCUCAAGCAAAAAGUUCCUUUUCUUGGUGUCUUUUUUUCCCCUCUCUAGGGCCUUCAAGAAUAUCAACUGCCAUGCACUUCUCAUAUUAGGCACUUUAUUUUCUGGCCUUACUUCACGCAAGAUUUUUACUUAUUUCCUUACAAUAAUUUGUAAAGCAUUUUAGUAACCUGCAGACCUCUUGUGUGACCGAAAAGUCAUGUGCAAAUAAGCUGACUGGACAUUUAUACCACCUAAGGGGGGCAGUGUGGUGCUGCAUUCCGGCCAGUAAAUUUCUUGUUUUGGCUAUUUCAUCAAAAAAAGAAAAGAAAAGAAAAUUUAGGCAGUUUCUGUAUAUAGAGAGAAGGUAAAAAAAUGGAAAUGAGAAAUAUUUGAAAGGGAAUAUAUUGAUUAAUUGCUAAAUAUUUUAUUCACAAAAGGGUCAAUAACUUGGUGAGAGAAAUUUGAUUAUUUGUAUAGUUUUGUCUGAAUGAAACAGCAGAGUGUGGAUGUAUUGUUUGUACAUAUUGUAUAUACUAAAACAGAUGUGCAUGAAUUCAAGGAAAAAAGAAAUGAAAAAGCAAAGCAUUAGUGGCUAUGGUCUGUAAAAUGAAACAAAAACUUUAUUUCACUAUAAGAAACUUUAUUUUAAAUGUUCUUUAGAAGAACAUUUUGCUAAAGCAUGACUAAAACUGCAAAAACAAAAGAGCUAAUGUAUUUAGACUUAGGAAAAAGGCAAAGUAACAUUACUUUUUCAAAGGAUAUGUUUACAUUUGAUUUUGGCUACCAGGAGUUUAUUUAAAUUUUAUUUUAACCUUCUGGGUUAUUUUUCUUUUCUUUUUAAUUUCUCCUUUUUUGCCAAUGGUGCCAAGUAAAGUGAAUGCUAAUAUUGCUUAAGAAAAAAAAUUAAGUUAUUUUGCAAAGCAGAUAAUCAUAAGAAUACAAAACUGUAUCUAGCUUAACACCAUACACACACUCCAAUAAAGAACACUUAGAAUGAACAUAAACUUAAAAAAAAAGAAAAUAAAAAGAAAAUAGUAUUAAAGUAGAAAAAAAAUGUUUCACAUGUCCAUAUUUCCUACUGGAAGUCAGACAAUGUACUAAAAAAUUGCACAAAAAUUUUAAAAAAAUUAAAAAUUAAAAGAUGCAAAUAGGUUUGUAGGGGUGUCAUGGUAUAUUGCUAUUUCCACAUAGAGAGGAGCCAAAGAAAUCCGUUUAAAAUUAGCCGUUUCAAUAUUGAAGCUAAUGUGAAAUGUAGACCACGGGGAGGGGGCAGAGCCUGAUUUUUAAACCAUACUCUGCUUUGCCUGAAGUACUUUGGCUUUUGACUUGAUGUAGCUGAGGUCAGAGGUGGACACUGCCUCCCCCCCCCCCCCACAUGUGUUUCUUGCUAAUGUUCCAAGUGGGUUGAUAGAUCUUACCUUUUUAGAUGCUUACUGUACAAACACUCACUCUUGCUUGACCCCAGCCAUCAGGUGAAAUGUUUAGUCUUGCUCAAAAGGCUUGUUGUGAAGCCUAAAAAUACUCACAAUUCUGCGAAGCUUUUAAACUGGUGUCUUUUUAAAAAAUAAUAAUAAUUAAAACACAAAGAUAGUGGCAAAAAACCCAACCUGGGGUCAGUGCUCUUGGUGCCUUUUCUAUCAUAAUUGUAUCUCUUUUAAUUACCUUCCUUUCACUGCCAGGAUUGAGGGAAAAAAAAUAACCGUUAUGUGUGCUGAAGCUUGUUCUCAGAACUCUGUAUAUGUGUUAAUUGCUGCUGUCUGGCCUGAUUCAAUAAAAAGAAAGAUGCCAAAGGGAUUUGGCUCCCAUGCUGUGGGCAGAGGCAGCCUCGAACCACACAAGGAUUUUAUUGAACAAGGCCCUUGCACAAGAAGUAUUCCACUAGUGGGAAUGAGAAUCUGCGAGGAAGUCCUUUGGAAUACUCUGACAGAACUGACGUUUGACAAUGGUACGCUCUCCGUCUUCUUUUGUAGUCGCUAUGAGCAGAGAUCAUUGCUUUUUUUUUUUUUAACCUAACAAGAGUAAUGACCCCAGUGGAAAAUUUUGGUCCCGUUUCCGUUUCUCCCGAGGGGUUUCAGAUUUAGUGCGAUACUGAAGUGUUUUCACCAUUGACCCUUCCAGAUCCACAGGUUUGGUGGUGCAUCGGCCCUCAACGUGCUGUGCCGGAGCAAAUCCUGUAGCAGAGGAUGCAGCUUGUCCCAGCAAGGCAGCUUGAGGAUCGCAGCCAUAGUCCCUCCCCCGGUUUCACGGAGAGCUCAGGGGUCCGGCCACCUGUGUGCUUAAAGCUUGACAUGUGCCAAAAUGCCUUGCUGAAUUGGGGCUGUGACCUUUUGCCACAUCAGUGACCUCUGGCACAUUCCUCUUAAAAUCACUCCCCAAAUUAGUAUCAAGUAUUUCAGCCUGCCCUUACCUUGGUUGUGGGACUUGGUUAGCUACAGCAAAAAAACCCCAGUUGGUCAUCCGGGAUAACAGGGCUUCCCAAGCAGCAGGGCCCAGCCUCCUUUUGUGUCUCCCAAAAAACUGGAAUUGCUCCUUUGUGUGACAUCACCUGUGAGAAACAAACCAUACUGUGUGAACGAAAUAAAGAAUAUAACAUGAACCCCCUCCAUGGUUGCACGCUUCAUGGCAGUUCCACAGAGUAGUCGGCGCCCAAACAGAGGGGAGGGGGGGUCCCCCAAGACUUGCAUGUCAAACUAGUAUAGAUGUCUCUUUUGUAAGUUUUAUUUUUGUAACUGCAUGUAAAAGCAUCACUGAAUCAAUGGAUCUGUUGAAGAACUCAGCUGCUGGAACCAUGCAAAAUGUUUUGAAUUGCCCUUAAAAUAUGGAAAAUGUUUUCUGAAUGCUUUAUAUUCUUUCUGCUGUAAAUUAAAAAUGAAGAAAAUUUC